AUGACCACAGAAUCACCAGAGUGUGAACUAGGGAACUACAUCGGUGCGAUCACCACAGAAUUACCAGAGUGUGAACUGGGGAACUGCAUCGGUGCGAUCACCACAGAAUCACCAGAGUGUGAACUAAAGUACUGCAUCAGUGUGAUCACCACAGAAUCACUAGAGUGUGAACUGGGGUACUGCAUCAGUGAGAUCACCACAGAAUCACCAGAGUGUGGUGUGAUCACCACAGAAUCACCAGAGUGUGAACUAGGGUACUGCAUUGGUGCAAUCACCACAGAAUCACAAGAGUGUGAACUGGGGGACUGCAUCAGUGAGACCACCACAGAAUCACCAGAGUGUGAGAUGGGGAAUUGCAUUGGUGCGAUCACCACAGAAUCACCAGAGUGUGAACUGGGAGACUGCAUCGGCGCGAUCACCACAGAAUCACUAGAGUGUGAACUGGUGGACUGCAUCGGUGCGAUCACCACAGAAUCACCAGAGUGUGAGCUGGGGAAUUGCAUUGGUGCGAUCACCACAGAAUCACCAGAGUGUGAACUGGUGGACUGCAUCGAAUCACCAGAGUGUGAGCUGGGGAAUUGCAUCGGUGCGAUCACCACAGAAUUACCAGAGUGUGAAGUAGGGAACUGCAUCUAUGCGAUCACCACAGAAUCACCAGAGUGCAAGCUGGGGAACUGCAUCGGUGUGAUCAGCACAGAAUCACCAGAGUUUGAACUAGGAUGCUGCAUCAGUGCGAUCACCACAGAAUCACCAGAGUGUGAGCUGGGGAAUUGCAUCGGUGCGAUCACCACAGAAUCACCAGAGUGUGAACUGGGAGACUGCAUCGGUGCGAUCACCACAGAAUCACUAGAGUGUGAACUGGUGGACUGCAUCAGUGCGAUCACCACAGAAUCACCAGAGUGCGAGCUGGGGAAUUGCAUUGGUGCGAUCACCACAGAAUCACCAGAGUGUGAACUGGUGGACUGCAUCGAAUCACCAGAUUGUGAACUGGGGGACAGCAGCAGUGCGAUCACCACAGAAUCACCAGAGUGUGAACUAGGGUACUGCAUCGAUGCGAUCACCACAGAAUCACCAGAGUGUGAACUGGGGAAUUGCAUCAGUGCGAUCACCACAGAAUCACCAGAGUGUGAACUAGGGUACUGCAUCAGUGUGAUCACCACAGAAUCACUAGAGUGUGAACUGGGGUACUGCAUCAGUGAGAUCACCACAGAAUCACCAGAGUGUGGUGUGAUCACCACAGAAUCACCAGAGUGUGAACUAGGUGCGAUCACCCCAGAAUCACCAGAUUGUGAACUAGGGAACUGCAUCAGUGCGAUCACCACAGAAUCACCAGAGUGUGAACUGGGGGACUGCAUCGGUGCGAUCACCACAGAAUCACCAGAGCGUGAACUAGGGAAUUGCUUCGGUGCGAUCACCACAGAAUCACCAGAUUGUGAACUGGGGGACUGCAUCAGUGAGAUUACCACAGAAUCACCAGAUUGUGAACUGGGAGACAGCAUCAGUGCGAUCACCACAGAAUCACUAGAGUGUGAACUGGGGUACUGCAUCGGUGAGAUCACCACAGAAUCACCAGAGUGUGGUGUGGUCACCACAGAAUCACCAGAGUGUGAACUAGGGUACUGCAUUGGUGCAAUCACCACAGAAUCACUAGAGUGUGAACUAGGGUACUGCAUCAGUGAGAUCACCACAGAAUCACCAGAGUGUGAACUGGGGGACUGCAUCAUUGAGACCACCACAGAAUCACCAGAGUGUGAGCUGGGGAAUUGCAUUGGUGCGAUCACCACAGAAUCACCAGAGUGUGAACUGGGGGACUGCAUCGAAUCACCAGAGUGUGAACUGGGGAACUGCAUCGGUGCGAUCACCACAGAAUCACCAGAGCGUGAACUAGGGUACUGCAUCAGUGCGAUCACCACAGAAUCACCAGAUUGUGAACUAGGGAACUGCAUCAGUGUGAUCACCACAGAAUCACCAGAGUGUGAACUGGGGGACUGCAUCAGUGAGAUCACCACAGAAUCACCAGAGCGUGAACUAGGGAAUUGCUUCGGUGUGAUCACCACAGAAUCACCAGAUUGUGAACUGGGGGACUGCAUGAGUGCAAUCACCACAGAAUCACCAGAGUGUGAACUAGGGAACUGCAUCGACGCGAUCACCACAGAAUCAGAAGAGUGUGAGUUAGGGAAUUGCAUCGGUGCGAUCACCACAGAAUCACCAGAUUGUGAACUGGAGGACAGCAUCGAAUCACCAGAGUGUGAACUAGGGAACUGCAUCAGUGUGAUCACCACAGAAUCACCAGUGCGUGAACUAGGGUACUGCAUCAGUGCGAUCACCACAGAAUCACCAGAUUGUGAACUAGGGAACUGCAUCAGUGUGAUCACCACAGAAUCACCAGAGUGUGAACUGGGGGACUGCAUCGACGCGAUCACCACAGAAUCAGAAGAGUGUGAGUUAGGGAAUUGCAUCGGUGCGAUCACCACAGAAUCACCAGAUUGUGAACUGGAGGACAGCAUCGAAUCACCAGAUUGUGAACUAGGGAACUGCAUCAGUGUGAUCACCACAGAAUCACCAGAGCGUGAACUAGGGUACUGCAUCAGUGCGAUCACCACAGAAUCACCAGAUUGUGAACUAGGGAACUGCAUCAGUGUGAUCACCACAGAAUCACCAGAGUGUGAACUGGGGGACUGCAUCAGUGCGAUCACCACAGAAUCACCAGAGCGUGAACUAGGGUAUUGCUUCGGUGCGAUCACCACAGAAUCACCAGAUUGUGAACUGGGGGACUGCAUCAGUGCGAUCACCACAGAAUCACCAGAGUGCGAGCUGGGGAAUUGCAUUGGUGCGAUCACCACAGAAUCACCAGAGUGUGAACUGGUGGACUGCAUCGAAUCACCAGAGUGUGAACUAGGGAACUGCAUCGGUGCGAUCACCACAGAAUCACCAGAGUGUGAACUAGGGUACUGCAUCAGUGUGAUCACCACAGAAUCACUAGAGUGUGAACUGGGGUACUGCAUCAGUGAGAUCACCACAGAAUCACCAGAGUGUGGUGUGAUCACCACAGAAUCACCAGAGUGUGAACUAGGGUACUGCAUUGGUGCAAUCACCACAGAAUCACCAGAGUGUGAACUGGGGGACAGCAUCGGUGCGAUCACCACAGAAUCACCAGAGUAUUGUGAACUAGGGAACUGCAUCAGUGCGAUCACCACAGAAUCACCAGAGUGUGAACUGGGGGACUGCAUCAGUGCGAUCACCACAGAAUCACCAGAGCGUGAACUAGGGAAUUGCUUCGGUGCGAUCACCACAGAAUCACCAGAUUGUGAACUGGGGGACUGCAUCAGUGAGAUUACCACAGAAUCACCAGAUUGUGAACUGGGAGACAGCAUCAGUGCGAUCACCACAGAAUCACUAGAGUGUGAACUGGGGUACUGCAUCAGUGAGAUCACCACAGAAUCACCAGAGUGUGGUGUGGUCACCACAGAAUCACCAGAGUGUGAACUAGGGUACUGCAUUGGUGCAAUCACCACAGAAUCACCAGAUUGUGAACUGGGGGACUGCAUCAGUGAGAUUACCACAGAAUCACCAGAGUGUGAACUGGGGGACUGCAUCGGUGUGAUCACCACAGAAUCACCAGAGUGUGAACUGGGGAACUGCAUCAUUGAGACCACCACAGAAUCACCAGAUUGUGAACUGGGGGACUGCAUCAAAUUACCAGAGUGUGAACUGGGGAACUGCAUCGGUGCGAUCACCACAGAAUCACCAGAGUGUGAACUAAAGUACUGCAUCAGUGUGAUCACCACAGAAUCACUAGAGUGUGAACUGGGGUACUGCAUCAGUGAGAUCACCACAGAAUCACCAGAGUGUGGUGUGAUCACCACAGAAUCACCAGAGUGUGAACUAGGGUACUGCAUUGGUGCAAUCACCACAGAAUCACAAGAGUGUGAACUGGGGGACUGCAUCAGUGAGACCACCACAGAAUCACCAGAGUGUGAGAUGGGGAAUUGCAUUGGUGCGAUCACCACAGAAUCACCAGAGUGUGAACUGGGAGACUGCAUCGGUGCGAUCACCACAGAAUCACUAGAGUGUGAACUGGUGGACUGCAUCGGUGCGAUCACCACAGAAUCACCAGAGUGUGAGCUGGGGAAUUGCAUUGGUGCGAUCACCACAGAAUCACCAGAGUGUGAACUGGUGGACUGCAUCGAAUCACCAGAGUGUGAGCUGGGGAAUUGCAUCGGUGCGAUCACCACAGAAUUACCAGAGUGUGAAGUAGGGAACUGCAUCUAUGCGAUCACCACAGAAUCACCAGAGUGGAAGCUGGGGAACUGCAUCGGUGUGAUCAGCACAGAAUCACCAGAGUUUGAACUAGGAUGCUGCAUCAGUGCGAUCACCACAGAAUCACCAGAGUGUGAGCUGGGGAAUUGCAUCGGUGCGAUCACCACAGAAUCACCAGAGUGUGAACUGGGAGACUGCAUCGGUGCGAUCACCACAGAAUCACUAGAGUGUGAACUGGUGGACUGCAGCAGUGCGAUCACCACAGAAUCACCAGAGUGCGAGCUGGGGAAUUGCAUUGGUGCGAUCACCACAGAAUCACCAGAGUGUGAAGUGGUGGACUGCAUCGAAUCACCAGAGUGUGAACUAGGGAACUGCAUCGGUGCGAUCACCACAGAAUCACCAGAGUGUGAACUAGGGUACUGCAUCAGUGUGAUCACCACAGAAUCACUAGAGUGUGAACUGGGGUACUGCAUCAGUGAGAUCACCACAGAAUCACCAGAGUGUGGUGUGAUCACCACAGAAUCACCAGAGUGUGAACUAGGGUACUGCAUUGGUGCAAUCACCACAGAAUCACCAGAGUGUGAACUGGGGGACAGCAUCGGUGCGAUCACCACAGAAUCACCAGAAAUCACCAGACUGUGA